GCCGCCUCCCGGGUCGCCGGGCCGCUCCGCCGCAGCCAUGGGGUGCUGGGGUCGCAACCGGGGCCGGCUGCUGUGCAUGCUGCUGCUGACCUUCAUGUUCAUGGUGCUGGAGGUGGUGGUGAGCCGGGUGACCUCGUCGCUGGCGAUGCUCUCGGACUCCUUCCACAUGCUGUCGGACGUGCUGGCGCUCGUGGUGGCGCUGGUGGCCGAGCGCUUCGCCCGGCGGACCCACGCCACCCAGAAGAACACGUUCGGCUGGAUCCGGGCCGAGGUGAUGGGGGCCCUGGUGAACGCCAUCUUCCUGACCGGCCUUUGCUUCGCCAUCCUGCUCGAAGCCAUCGAGCGCUUCAUCGAACCGCACGAGAUGCAGCAGCCGCUCGUGGUCCUCGGCGUCGGCGUGGCCGGGCUGCUGGUUAACGUGCUGGGGCUCUGCCUCUUCCACCACCACAGCGGCUUCAGCCAGGACUCCGGCCACGGCCACUCGCACGGGGGCCACGGCCACGGCCUCCCCAAGGGGGUCCGCGUCAAGAGCAACCGCGCCGGGGGCAGCGACGGCAGCGCGGCCCCCGGCGAGCAGGGCCCGGAGCUGGAGGAGACCAACACCUUGGUGGCCAAUAGCAGCAACUCCAACGGACUCAAGGUGGACCCGGCAGAUCCAGAAAAACCUAGAAGUGAUGAUGCUGUGGAAGUACAAGUGAAUGGGAAUCUUAUCAGAGAACCUGAGCAUAUGAAAUUGGAAGAAGACGAUAGGGCUGGACAACUUAACAUGCGUGGAGUUUUUCUGCAUGUCCUUGGAGAUGCCUUGGGUUCAGUGAUUGUAGUAGUAAAUGCCUUGGUCUUUUAUUUUUCUUGGAAAGGUUGUUCAGAGAGAAAUUUUUGUGUGAACCCAUGUUCCCUGGAUCCCUGCAAAGCACUUGUAGAAAUAAUUAAUAGUACUCAUGCAUCACUUCAUGAGGCUGGUCCUUGCUGGGUGCUGUAUCUAGAUCCAACUCUUUGUGUUGUAAUGGUUUGUAUACUUCUUUAUACAACUUACCCAUUACUUAAGGAAUCUGCUCUUAUCCUUCUACAAACUGUUCCUAAGCAAAUUGAUAUCAGAAAUUUGAUAAAAGAACUUCGAGAUGUUGAAGGAGUUGAGGAAGUUCAUGAAUUGCAUGUUUGGCAACUUGCCGGAAGCAGGAUCAUUGCCACUGCUCACAUAAAAUGUGAAGACCCAACAUCAUACAUGCAGGUGGCUAAAACCAUUAAAGACGUUUUUCAUAAUCACGGAAUUCACGCUACCACCAUUCAGCCUGAAUUUGCUAGUGUAGGCUCUAAGUCCCGUGUAGUCCCGUGUGAACUUGCCUGCAGAACUCAGUGUGCUUUGAAGCAAUGUUGUGGGACACGGCCACAGGCCCAGUCUGGAAAGGAUGGAGAAAAGGCCCCAACAGUUAGCAUUUCUUGUUUAGAACUUAGUGACAAUCUAGAGAAGAAGCCCAGGAGGACUAAAGGUGAAAACAUCCCUGCUGUUGUGAUAGAGAUUAAAAAAAUGCCAAACAAACAACCUGAAUCAUCUUUGUGAGUCUUAAAAAAGAUGUGAUAUUUGACUUUUGCUUUAAACUGCAAGAGGAAAAAGACUCCAUUGAAAUUCUAAGUUUGCCAAGUAGCAUAAUUGAAGCCCUUGUCUGGUCACACAAUUUAAUUCUAUUUUUGUAAGAACAUAAUGGGACUGCAUACCAGAGUUCUAUAUUACAACUUGGUGAUUAUUAGCACAGAAUACAGCUAUGCUGUAAUGAUUUUGGAAAGCCAGUUUUAACACUAUGUUACAUUUUUGUUUAAAGUAAGUAUAAACCUUAUAUAACAUAAUGACAUUUGAUUUCCAGUUUUUGAUUUCCGGUUUUCCCGUGAUAAAAAUUAGGGGGAUAAAUAAAUUAAAAUUGUUACUGGAAUUUCUCUGCUUUUCUUUUCCCCGUUGUUACACUUAGAAUUAUAGUUGCUAGAAUUUUAAAAAUCAACAAGUUUGUUUCCUCUGACAUCUUAGUUAAUAUUUACUUUUUCUUUGAGAUCAGAAUGGCAGCAUAUUUUUCAGUGACUCAUAGCUAUUAGUAGGAAAUAAGAUCAGCUGCUAUUCUCUAUUCUAAAUUGCUGAGUAUUUGUCUAAUGUACAGUGAGAUAAUUAAACUUACACAUAAUAGCAUGUGGAGACUAAGAGCAGGAAAGAAAGUUUAUUAAACUAUUUAGAUUAUUAUAAAUUUCCAGACUACAUUUCUAAGUUUUUUUGAGAAUUUCAACUCAUUCUACCAAAGUGAGUCUAAAACAUGGACAUGUUCACCAGCAUUACUUUCUCUCAAAGAUUGGUAUUAGAGACACUGAGCUGAAAAUUUACUGACAUGUUUAAAGAUGCUAAUUUAGUCUAAUAAUUACUUGGUAAGUGCAAGAAAUGUGAUCUUUUAAAUUGUGGAUGUUUUUAAAAAAAACUUUUCAAAAGUUAAAGUCAUUUCAUGGUGACCAAUCAUGACUGGAUUUAAACAGCUUUUCCAGCACAAUCAGUGAUGCCUGUGCUUUGCCAAGAGCCACUGACUUGAGAGAGAAAAUAAGAUGUUUAAUGCAAUUUGGAUAUUAAAUUCUUAGAAAGCAGACUAUAAUUUAGGCAAAAUUAGAAUUCUUUAAGUGAUCCUGUCUUGACCUUGAUCAUAUCUUCAAUAGCAGCUUAUUUGCAAGGUGCCACAGUUCACGCAGGAAAUUGUUCUUGGCUAUUUGAUUAUUGCUAUAGGUUUCAAAUCCAACAAAAACGUUAUUUAAGAGUAUUUUAAGUUAUAUUUUUCUUGAUAAAGUUGUGCUUUGUGAAGAAAAUGUAGGUUUUUGUCCUCAAAAGGAUGAAUAUUAAUAUCAGUUAUCAUGUAUAGCUCUAUUUUUCUAGAAACAAGGUAUUCUGACUACUUCAGUAACUUUUAUAGCUGACUACUUUUCGGAUGGCUACCUUUUGGGAUUUGAAAUAAUUCCUUGUUUAAUAGGUCUUAAGAUGAAAGUGUUGGAAUUUGCCAGUGACUUUUUAAAGGGAUGAUCUUUUGUGGUAGAUGGUGUGUCUUUUUCCUAGGGUAAGCCUAUUGCAGGCAAUGGGCCUAUUUAAGAACAGCUGAUUUUUCCAAUGAGAAUGAGGUAAUUUUAGGAACAUAGUUUGUAAAUUCACAUUUACUAUAAUGGGCCAAAACCAUAACCUGCCAAUUUGCAAUACAUCCUGAUCUUUUAAUACUGUUAUCUGAUAUUGUGUAAUUCAGUUCAUUAGCUGGUGGUUAUUUUGAAUUUUGCAAAAAGCUUUGUGUUUGAUUUCUUUAAACAUAAAAUUGAAGAAUCUCCUUAUCUGGGUGAACAAGAGAGAAAGCUUCAAAUUGUACUGUAUCAUGUACAUUCCUGAUUUGCCCAUUUGUCAUAUAAACAGUGAUGAUACAGUAACUGGUAAGAUAUAUUGCACUCAGUGGGGUAUUCUUCGCAAAUGCUGUAUUUGGGGUCUGUAUCUUAAAGGUGGUUUAACACAUAUGUAUAAAAUAGAACCUGAAUGAGGAUUUUUAAAAAUUAUAAGCAUGGGACAAGGGCUAUGUUUUAUUUUUCAAAAGUGCUUUGAAGGUAGAAGCCUUCAUGUUUUAGUUAUUUAGUUUUCAUAAUUUCUUUGGUAGCUUCUAUGUAACAGUGGUACCAUAGGAUUUUCUGUUUUCAAAGGACUUUGUCAUAGCAGAAUCAGUGGGCACUGACUUGCCUUUUGAGUUUUAGCCAAUUUAUUUAUUUCUUAAAAUGCACUUUCUAACCCAAUUUUUUUAGCUAUAUUAGCAUUAUCUUUUUAAAAGAAGACAUGCUUUAUAUUUAAAUAUUGUGGAAUUUAAGUGUCAUUUCCAAAAUAGCUUAUUCCUUCCUGAAAGAAAUUGAGGGAAAUAACCCCGGGUUACUAGAAGACUUAACCCCAAUAUUUCAAUAUGCUCUUUUAUAACACUGCAUCAGUUCCAGGAGUGGCAUCUCUCCUGCUGGCUGUUUUCUGUUUGAGCAAGAUCAGUGUAGAGUGUGUGUUCAGAAACGUGUUUGUUGUCUCUGUUUAGUGAGAGGGAGGUACGUGCCGCAUGUGCCCCCAGAAAUUUUUCCAAGCCAAAUAGAGCCUCAGUGAUGAGAGGUUCACGUCUCAGCUGUCACCUUUCAGUUUGAUUUUUUUCCUCUGGAGGGCAUCUGUAUUGUAAAAGUGGGGACUAGAACCUCGAAAGUAGAAUCAUCAAAAACUUUGCUCUGUGUAUUUUAACAUUUUAAAGAACAAAGUUGAAUGACUAAGGUAUGUAAUUCAAAAGGAAAAAUUUCUGUCAAGUACACCUUGGAAAAAUCUCAGUAUGUAAACGUGUUUGUGUCUUGUUAACAUCUUCAGUUAGUUUGCAAUUCUUGAGGCAAAAAAACCUCUGGAACCUGAUGUUUUAGUAGGUUAACUGGUAUUGAAUUCAAGAUGUUUUACUUUAAUAAGCAAAUAGCAUUUGAAUGCUUAAUAUGUCAUUAACCUGCUGUCUUAAGAUGUUCACACAUACGCAGAUACGGAGAGUAAUUCUACAAUAUAAAAAUAUUUAUUUUAAUACUGAGUUUCAGUAAAGUCAUAAAACAGUGUUAAAACUCUUGGGAAGGUGGAGGGGUUUUUGUUGUUUGUUUGAGUUGAAACUGUGUCUUACAGUGUUUCACAGUCUCUGGAGUGGGAAUUGUUAUAGCACUAUUUUAAUGUAGCUCUGCCAAUAUAUGGCAAUGCUAUUUUGUUUACUAACAAGCUCUGGAACAGUUGGCAGUCAUUUUCACUGGCACAAGAGCCUUUUGUAUGUUAUUCAAUUUAAACUUUUAAACCAAAAAUUUUAUUAUCCAGUGUCUUUGGCAAAAAGACGCUGAAGGGAAUGUAACAUACAAUUAAUAUGUGGUUAUAUAUAAAAAGACACAAAUUGCCAUGUUAUGGUUCUGCCUUGAAACAGCACAAUGAAGUGUAUCAGUGUAUUCUGUGAUUCUUUGAAACUUCAAUAUUGUGUUGUUUUUGUGUCUGCUGUCACCUGUCUUUUGGGCCAGAUGUGGCACAGUUAAAUGCAGUUAUCAUCUCAUUAAAUGCAGAUGCAGAUUAAACGUCUUUAGUGCUGCAACAUUUUACCUAACUUUUUGUAUGUUUUAUGACUCUGUUAUUUUCCAAAGCUGUUCCUACCUCACCAUGAGGCUUUAUGGAUUGUUAUGUAUUAUAAAUGUUCUAUAUGAGACAGACUACUGUGUUUUCUUCUCAUUUAUUAAAAGUUAAGUAGAAAAAUAAACUAAUUUUAAUAUC